AUGCUCCGCUUUUGCUUGAAGAAUAAUACCACGAACAACUUUAACACCAACAACACGACGAGAGCUUCUUUGUUGUCUUCUUUAUUAUCAUCAUUUAGUUUUGUCGUUUUAGGAGGAGAACAACCGCAACAACAAAUACGAGUGAGAUUGGCGUCGAAAAAAGCCGGCGGAUCCACGUCGAACGGACGCGAUUCGAACCCGAAAUUUUUAGGCAUCAAGAAAUACGGCGGGGAACUCGUUCGACCGGGGAACAUCAUCGCCAGGCAGCGAGGGACGAAGUGGCAUCCGGGGGAGAACUGCGGGAUUGGCACCGAUCACACUUUGUUUAGCUUAGUCGACGGGAAGGUGAAGUUUACGAAGAACAGAGUGAAAGGGAGGACUAUCGUGAAUAUCGAGAAGUUUACCGAGGAGGAGAUUGCGCUUUGGCGAGCGAGAGGGAAGCUCAGGCACAUUGAAUUAUAA